UGGAAGCUGUUAUUCAAAAGAUUGCCGAGAAAUUAAAAAAUAAAAGAUAGAUGCUUGUUCUCGAUGAUUUAUGGAAUGAAGAAGAAGGUGUUUGGAAUGCUUUCAAAAAUACAUUGGCGGGAGUUAGCACCAGUAAAGGAAGUUUCAUUAUCGUCACCACACGCAAGGAAAAGGUGGUAUCUAUCGUGAACACUUGCGAUCAUCCAUGUUGCUUGAGGUCAUUGACAGAAGGUGAUUGCUGGUCCAUAAUCAGAACAAUGGCAUUUCAAGAUAAAGAAGUACCAAAACAAUUUGCGAUUACAGGAUCGGAGAUUGCUCGCAAAUGUAGAGGCUUACCUCUAGCAGCAAAUGUGAUUGGAAGAGUUUUGCAAGGAAAGGAAAUAGAAGAGUGGGAUUCAGUUCUGCAGUCUGGGCUUUCAAAUCUUGAAGAGGGGGAGAAGGGUGUGUUCCAAGUCUUAAAGGUGAGCUAUGAUCGCUUACCUUCUUCAUCACUGAAAAAAUGUUUUGCCUAUUGUUCAAUAUUUAUCAAGGAUUCAGUCAUGGAUAGAGAAGACUUAAUCCAGCUCUGGAUGGCGGAAGGAUUUCUUCCGAAUGAUAAAAAUGGUGAGAUGGAAUCUGUAGGCAAUAAAUAUUUUAAUAUUUUGUUGCAAAAUUUCUUCUUCCAAGAGCCAGAAAAGGACAAGUAUGGCAAUAUCAAAAGCUGCAAGAUGCACGAUCUUGUCCAUGAUCUUGCAUGUUUAGUUUCAAAAUCAGAAAGUUUCAUGAACAUGGAGGGUCGCACUGUCGAUGACAUUCUUCAAGUUAGACACCUUGCAAUGGAAUCAAUUGGAGAGGAAAUAGUCAAGGACAUAAAAGAGAGAGCAAGUUAUUUCCGCACCUUGUUCUUAAGAGGCAGCGUACCAGAUGGAAUUUUGCCAGACUUCAAGCAUUUGCAUUCUCUAAAGCUAUGUGAUGCAAAUAUUAAAGAAUUGCCAACAUCAAUUGGCACGUUGAAACAUUUGAGAUAUCUUUAUGUGUCCGAAAAUCAUCUUCUCACUACUCUGCCAGAAUCUAUCUGCAAGCUCUACAAUUUGCAAACUUUGAGGAUUCUACGUUGCUUAAGUUUUCUCAAUCUUCCUAGAGAUAUGCGCUUCUUGAUUCGUCUAAGGCAUCUCUGUUUUGAUAAGGUUUGCCGUGUUUUCAAGAUGCCUCCUAAAGUCGGAAGUUUAUCUUGCCUUCAAACGUUACCAUUAUUUUGUGCGAGUGACAAGGAAGGUUGUCGAAUCGAUGAGCUGGGAAAGCUGAAGAAAUUAAAGGGCAAACUACAAAUACAGAAUCUGGAAUUGGUGAGUUGCAAAACAGAAGCGGAGCAUGCAGAUAUGGCUGGAAAGCUAAACAUUUAUAAUUUUAGCUUUUAUUGGAAUUGUUCAACGGAUUCCAAUGAUGAGAGUCAGUCUACGAAUUCCAUAGAAAGUAACGUCAAUGAUGAGAGUGUACUUGAAGGGCUGCAACCUCAUGAAAAGCUAAAAUGCUUAACAAUUGAUGGAUUCCGAGGUAAAAAAUUUCCAUUAUGGACUAGAAAUAUGAGAAUAUAUAAAGGCAAUUCUGGCCUUCCGGUGAUAUUUGAUAAAUUGAUCAAGAUCGAAAUUAUAAGUUGUGGCAAUUGCGAAGAAAUCCCAGUGCUCGGCCACCUACCACUCCUCAAGUAUCUACUUAUCCAGGAUCUGGGUAACGUAACAUUGAUAAGUUCAUCAUUCUAUGGAGAGAGUGAUUGUACCACAAAUAGCAGCAACGAUGGCCAAGAGACAAGAGAAUCAUUCCCGUCACUCAAAAGUCUCGUAAUAAUGGAAUUGCCGAACCUAAUAAAUUGGGAAGAAGCACAAAUGAGCGGAACACAGGUAUUUCCUUGCCUUGAAUAUUUGGAUAUACUUUUUUGUGACAAGUUAGCUCAUGUUCCCCAUUUACGGGGCAGCGGAGCUUCUCUUAAAAAGAUGAAAAUUGAGAAUUGUCUUAAAUUGAGGAAAUUACCCUAUGACCUUGGUAGCCUCCAGUCUCUUGAGACAUUGGAAAUAGAAUCAUGUGGAAAUCUGAAAUCAAUUUCAUAUCAAAGUGGACAAAAAGGCCUCCUUUCCCUUCAGAAGUUGGAAAUUCGUAAUUGCCAUGAGCUGUGCAACCUGCCAAACGAAAUGCUAGAGUGUAGUAAGUCUUUAAAGCAUCUAUCUGUACGUGAAUGCCCAGAUCUCACUAUGCUUCCUGAAUUGAGUGGGAUGGGAUCUCUACAGACUCUAGAGGUGGCGAAAUGCCCAGUCUCGCUUCAUUUCCUAAAUUGAGUGGGAAUGGAUGCCUUAACAGUUUAAUAGAAUUGUGGAUUG